CGGACGUCCCGUUAGUUUCGCACGAACUCAAAGUGAGAAGCGUGUGAGAGGACAUGUGGCGAGGGCUUAUUGUCAUAUUGUGUGGGACGUUUUUGGGGUCGCUGAUUCGAACACUGUUCUCAAUGCACGCUGAGAUGUGCAAGUGAGGCGUUUUUGGGGGCGCAUUCUGUGGGGGCAGAUAUGAAUUCCCGCAAUUGGACCCUUCUUGAUGGGAUGAUUUCAGUCGCCCAAACAAAAUCCUAAGUCGGGAUAAGUGCAGUCAUGCAGGCCACAAAACACACUAUGUAGCAAACCGUCAAGCAUCCACUGCCUCUUCAUGCAUGGUAACUGGUGAGACUUGGAAGUUGGAAAAGCGUUUCUUUCUCGUUCACCCUAGCCUAUACGCACUAUACGCAGAGAGACGGAGAGGAGUUUGCCAGUUCGUUGAACCUAAAGCUUCUCUUGCCAGAAGAAAGAGCGCACAAAAAUGGCGGCAGCAUCAGCUGCAGUUGUGAACGGGGUUUCACAGGAGACGAGGGCAUUGGUGUCGGAGCUGCGCCGCCAAUUCUACACACUUGGGUGGACCUCGGGCACUGGAGGUAGCAUCGCCAUCAAGGUCCAUGAUGACUCCAUUCCUAAGCCCCAACAGCUCAUUGUCAUGUCCCCCUCUUCUGGUGUUCAGAAGGAAAGAAUGGUUCCUGAAGACAUGUAUGUGCUUUCACCAAGUGGGUCUGUUCUCAAGGUUCCUUUUCCGAAGCCUUAUCCCCAUAAGCCUCCCAAAUGUUCGGAAUGUGCUUCCCUCUUCAUCAAGUUGGGACUGAACAGGUCCACCCCAAAUUAUGGUCCAUAUCAUAGAGUUUCGGGUGCUGAAAGGAACACAAACAUAGCUGUGAAGGCAGGGACUAUGAAUUUAAACCACUCACCUGAACCAUCAAGACGUUGUAUUGUUCUUGACAUUGAAGGGACAACCACUCCUAUAUCAUUUGUUAUGGAUGCUCUUUUCCCCUAUGCCCGAGAUAACGUGGGGAAGCAUUUAACAGCAACAUAUGAAACUGAAGAAACUCAAUAUGAUAUUAAGUUGCUGCGAGCUCAAAUUAAGGAUGACUUGAAGCAAGGUGUUAUUGGUGCUGUGCCUAUCCCACUUGAUGAUGCAGGGAAAGAGGAGAUCAUUAGAUCUUUGGUUUCUAAUGUUGGAGCAAUGAUUAAGGCUGACAGGAAAGUUACUGCUCUGAAGCAACUGCAGGGUCAUAUCUGGCGGACUGGAUUUCAAAAUAAUGAACUGAAGGGAGUAGUUUUUGAUGAUGUACCAGAAGCUCUUGAGAAGUGGCAUGCUUCAGGCAUUAAGGUGUACAUAUAUUCUAGUGGUAGCAGGGAGGCUCAGAGACUUAUCUUUGGCAAUUCAAAUUAUGGGGACUUGAGAAAAUAUUUAUGUGGAUUCUUCGAUACCACUAUAGGAAACAAAAGAGAAUCACGCAGUUACUUUGAGAUCUCCCAGUCAGUAGGAGUGGAUAAUCCAUCAGAGGUCUUAUUUAUAACAGAUGUCUAUCAAGAGGCCAUCGCUGCAAAGGAAGCAGGUUUGGACGUGAUAAUUUCCAUCAGGCCAGGAAAUGGACCUCUUCCAGAGAAUCAUGGAUUCAAAACAGUUGGAUCCUUCUUGGAAAUCUGAGACCAAAUACGAUCCUCUCAUAAAGAAGCAGUUCUAAUACUAUUUGCAUGUGAGCAUGUAGAGCUUCUUCCCAUAUAAUAUGCCGUGCUGUACCGAUCCUCUGAGACUCCUCUCUGACAGCCUCUGAA